AUGAUACGGCCGUUUAAAUUGAAAGAACAGAUUACACAUUCACAUAACCCCUAUAUUCAUAAAUGUUGUGCGUGUAUACAUUUACGAAUUGGAUCCGUUAUCUCUUGUUUGAUAUGGAUGGGACUAUCUCUCUAUUUUGCUGUAUUAUCAUUCCAAGGCAAAAGCCGUAACGGUGCUGCAUUAUACAUAUUCGGCACAAUCAAUCUGAUUCUCGCAGGCAUUGCUUUAGGAUCAUUGUUUCCGAUUUAUUUGAAAUCAGUGACAGGAUUGAGAUCAGCUUCACAGAUUUUAUGGGUUGCCAUCAUUGUUUAUGUGGUAGACUUAAUCAUCAACGUGAUUGUAUUCAGCGUCAAUAAAACGCAGUAUAUCCAUUGGUGUGUAAGCUCGAAUUUUGUUCGUCUAGAUUCCAUAUUUACAGAGCUGCAACUACCGAUACAACAAACCAGCACUAACAAUACUACAGCAACAUCACCUUCAUAUAAUAUGUCGAAAAUGGAUUUUUAUAACUGCUCAAGAACAUGGGAAGACGAACUAAAGUUUUUGAUUCUAACACAUGUCGUCAUGGGAUGUCUCUAUGCCUAUUGGGCACUGAGCAUCUUCUCCUACUAUAUAAAGAUUCGAUAUGAAAUGAGGACUGAAAUGCUUCGCGAAAUGACGCGUAUGCAACCCAUGAUGGGAGCCAUGAUCCCGCCUCCACAGGGUGGUCCGAUCAUUCCCAAUGCAGAUAUCAUGUUGUGA